GUUGGGAAGGGCAAUCGCCUCUGUUCUCCCUCUCUUCUAUAGCCUCUGGCUCUGGUUCUCUCGAGCGAUGAGCUACGCUCACGGUGGCUACCCUUCCGCUGGGGCGCCGCCAGGGCAUCCUACAGGGGCUUGUGGCUACCAUGCGCCGCAGGUUGGCGCGCCGCACCCUGGCUACCCUGCCGUAGGCGGCGCCGCGGCCCCUGCAGGCUAUCCGGCCGCCGGCUCAGCCCUCGGGGGACUGGGCGCUCCGGGCUACCCGCCGCCCAGCGCGUACCCUCCAGGGGCGGCGUUCCCCCCGCCGGCGGGGUACGCCCCCGUGGGCUACCCCGCGCCGGGCGGGUACCCGCCGCCGGCAGGCUACCCGCCCCCAGGCUACGGGGGCUUCCCCCCGCCCUUCGGGUAUGGGCUGCCGCCGGGGUACCUGCCCCCCGCCGGCCACGGCCACCUCCGCCGGGACGAGCGUCGCCGGGACGGCGACCGGCGGGAGGUUGACGGCAGGGACAGGAGAGACGACGCCAGCAGGAGGGGCCGGGACCGCGACGGGGAGAGGGGCGGCGAGGGCGGCGCCGCGAAGGACAGAGGCAAGCCCGCGGGCCCGCCAGCGGCGUGCGGCGUCAGGGUUUCGGGUUGCCAGCAUGAGACGGUUGGCACCAUAGUGAACGGCGAGUUCGAUCGGGUCGGAGAGAACCACAGCAGGCCUUACUUCAGAAGGAAGGAGAAGGCCAACGACGGUUCAGAGGUGAUGUUGUACUUCUGGGACGACCCAGAGCCGAAGUUCGCCGGCUGGUGGUUUGGCCCGAAGGUUGGGGGCGACCAGGUUUGGGCAUACCAGCCGUCGAAGGAAUCCAGGGAGCCCCCCGAGACUGGCUGGCAGGUGCCUUACGACGGACCCGUGGAGCCUAACCUCAGGAUUCAGCCCACCGCUGGGCGGCCAGAAGACGAUCAGCAGCUUUCGAAGCAGCAACGGCGGGAUCGUGCACCGAAGGAUAAGAGGGAGGAGAACAGGAGGAACAUGGAGCAGGCGAGCAAGACUCGUGCGCAACAGCAGGAGGAGAUCAAGCAGAAGCUUGAUGCAGAGAGGCAGCGCGUGCAGGAUGAGCUGAGAAGGAAGCUGGAAGAGCAGCAGAAGCAGGCCCAGCAGCAGAUCCAAGCGCAGAAGGAUGCUGAGGAACGACGCCGCCUGGAAGUCUCCUCGGUCCUGAAGAUCCGCAGGUGUCUCGAGAAGCUCAAGGUCGCCUCGCCAGAGGGGUACGAAGGCCAGAAGAGGGAGCUCGAGGAUGUGAUGCUGGAGGACCUCGACAAGACCGGCGCGCAGAAGAAUCAGAUCGAGGAGGAGUGCGCGAGGGAGUUAGAGGCCUCCGAGGCUCGCGUCAAGAAGAUCGUCGAGCUGCACAGAGAACUGGGCAGUCUUGUCGAAGAGGCCGAAGCUGGCCUGAAGAGCCUGCAAGACGCGGUGGCCUCUCUGGACACGAAUCCAGAGCAGGAGGUGUCCGAGGUUAACGAGAUCGUGGGGAGCAUCACCAAGGCCGAUUCGCAGGUGAGGGCUAGACUGAAGUGUUGCGCGGACUACAUCGUGCAAAAGGGCUCAGAGAUCAAGGACGCGAGCCCAGUGCUCGCUGGCCAGGCGCCGUCGAAGACGCAGCAGGAACUCGCCAGCAUGCUCCAGCGGGUUCACGUAUGCACUCAGUCGUCCGAUGCGUCGGUGCAGGAAUCGCUACGCAAGAAGGAUGCGGCCAUACAGCGCGCACGAGCCUGGCAAAGGGCCAGGGUGGUUAGAAGGCGCUACGAGAAGUAUUGCACGUGCGCAGACAAGUUGCUGCGCAAGAAGGACGUCGCGGCAUACUCCAGGGGCGAGUUCGAUUUCGCCCUCUCGACCAGCAGGCUAGAGGAGAUCUGGAGGCUGCUCGUCGUCGCAGGCGAGAAGGGCAUCAGGCUGGAGCGAAUGCCUCUCCUGACCUCCGCCAUCGGUAUCCACAGGGAGAGUCAGUUCAUGGAGGGAGCGCACUUAGCACUGCUGGGGGCUGAUUGGAACUUCGGCUCAACAUGUUUGGAGAUGCCUGGUAUGCCGCGACGCGCGGGGUUGCUGAUUAUGCAGCCCGAGUCCACCAUGUGCGUGACACCGCAGGCAAAAACCAAGAUUUAUUAUUUUCUCGCGUCCACGGCCUUCAGCAAGUUGGUGCAGGUGGUCAAUGUAGACAGCUCAUGGGCCAAGAGGCCCCACCGACCUGUCCAACUGCAUCUCAGGCCUGGGGCUGUCAAGAUGCACCAGCUCGUGUACACUAGUCACCAGAGGCUCCCCGCUGAACUCCCUGUGGGACCAAGUAAUCGUAGUGCCGAUUGGACGAAGGCGCGUGAACAAGCUGAACACGCCAACCUCGUCGCCAGUGACCAAGCGGUGGGUACUGCGUGGACUGCGCUGGACGUCGCUUGGAAAGCUUUCUCGAAUGCCAUGGAACUUGAGCUCGAGAGUAAGUUAGAUACCCCGGUGCGUAGGAAGGGUAAGAAAGGCCCCCCUUUGGUCGCCCAGUGGGCCUCGGUUCUGGCGCCCCCUCAGAGGAAGGAGGAAGAUGAGGUCCGUGUCUGGGUUGGGUGGGUCUGGUUGCAGCAGAAUGCUAAGGACCUCCUUAACACCAGCCAGAGGCUUGUGGUUCAGAUGAGUACGUUAGUGGAUCAGUCAGACGUCCAAGCAUCGGUUAACUUCUGCCGCGAAGUCCUUGACAGUGGCGAUUCGUUGCACGACGGUCUUAAGAUGCUGCGCCCGAUUGACAGCUGGCCCAGCCCUAGUGAUGAGCAUGCGCCUGUCUUGUACGAUGAGGAUGGACAGCCGGUGGAGUGGUCGCAGUUUAACAGUACGGGACUCUACCAGGCGGCUGAGCAGUUGCAGCUGGCGCUUCUGCCCAUCUUCGUGCCGAGGUUGGCCCAUGAGUGUUGCAGUGAUUGCAUGAAUGCGGUCAAGCUGCACAACAAAGGUCCCCUCGAACAACUGUCCCCGAAGCAAAGGUACGGAGGCUUAAGGCGAGGUGCCCUGAUCCAUACGUGUAAAAAUAAGUUUGCCCCAGCUGUUCACGCGCCUGCGCAUCGCAAGCUCGAAGUGAUAGAUGCGCUGGCUCAACCAGAGCGUAGGAUUGGCCAGGCCAACUGGCGAGCAUAUCUCGAGGCCAAGAAGGCCAUCGAGCUGCACGCGCGCCCGUCGGAUGCCGAAGCCAAACAGUUCGAUUGGACCAUCGACCAGUUGCGCAAGUGCGCACGGUUGAUGGCGAGUGCGCUGCCGCUGUUUCCUCGCGCGACUCACCAGAGGUCGCCCAGGCGCGUGAGACCCACAAAGGUCUUUGACAAGGCCACGUCUUUGCACUCAUGGCAGCGGAGUCUCCGGGGCUUUCGGCGCACUAAGUGUUUGGUCUUCUCUAGAGGGCGGCAACGCGAGCGCCCUGAGCUAGGAUGCGAAGGUUUCCUCGAGAGAGUGGCUGAGCUUCUGGUCUCAGCCCCCGAUCACGGACACAAGCUCGCGAGCACCCAGGUUGGAGACGAGGCAGCAUUCGCAGCGGUGGCCAAGUCUUGCCCCGACUGCGCAGAGGGCUUCACCCUUUGCGCUGCGCUGCAGUCUCCUGCGCUGAGCCUGAAGAACAGGUACUACAUCGCCGACAGCGUCGACCAGUUCCGCCAGUGGCUGCCUCUCGCAUGCGAUUGUGCACCUGACCUGACGGUGGUGCACGAGGGCUUGCACGCCAAUCCAGGCGCGACGUGGCGCGCAAUCAUCGAGACGGGAACGUUGAGCCCUCCAUCGCUCCCUGUCGUGCGCAGCGACGGCCAGGAAUGGUCGCGAAUCCCCCUUCGCGUCGGCCCUGAGUGCAGGGCGAUGCACUAUGGAGGCAACCAUUGGGUAUGCGACAACGCCACGCACAGCCCAGGUGAUCGCUGCGUAGGGUAUCAGAACACGCGGCUGGAGAGCUUGAUCCAUCCAGCCACCGCGUGGAAUGAGAAGCAGAUCGGCCGCGGGAUCUUGAAGGACGGGCGGCCUUGCUACGGAGUCUGCACCCACCAUGGCAAUUCAGGCGUCAACGUGUACAGCGACGGCGGCUUGGAAACAUUCCAUGGGUCUCAAGGGUGGGUGCAGCUCGAGGUGGAAGUGCGCGACACGACGAAGCUCAAAGAUGGCCGCAUCAACAGGUACUGCGUCAAGGGCACACCGUUCGAGACAUGCGAGAAGGUAGUUCUGGAAGCGCUUUGGGUGCCGAGGAGAGAGCUGCCGAGCAUUGUUUGUCUGAGCUAG